UUUGUGUUCGCGUGUUUACAAUACUGAAUAGAAGAGGUAGGCAGAAAGCACACAAUGCGUGUCAAAUUAAAAUGAAGACUACAUUUAGUGAAAAAAAACUGCGGUGUACUAAGAUACUAAAAGAUAUGACAUGCUUUUUUGCGUCUCCUGGGAAUGUUAGGUAAAGAGUAAUAACUAGUUAACAUGAGAAAAGCAAUGACAACAGUUCACCCAGAGUACUAGGGCGAGACUCAGCGUCAGUGUCGUCCUUCGGAUUGGUGCGCCGAGGUGGGGGCGGGAAGAGAAAUGCGGCCAUAAGAGCGGCGCUCGGGCACAUCCAUAUUCACGGUCCUGCCAGGUCGGCUGGGAGGAGUAGGGUUGGAGCGCAGUGCCUAAGAAGGGCGCAGGACGAUGGGAUUCUCUCUGCUGUUCGGCGGACUGCUGUUCCUGUCUUUGAAGCUUACGGAAGCGUGCAGUUGUGCGCCCGCUCACCCACAGCAGGCUUUCUGCACAUCAGAAAUAGUGAUUCGUGCCAAAGUCUCUGGUGAGAAGAUUGUGAAUCAUGGCAACACCUCUUCUCCACACUUUAAGUUUAUUCAGUAUGAAAUUAAACUAGUAAAGAUGUUUAAAGGCUUUGAAAAGCUCAAGGAUGUUCAGUAUGUGUACACACCUCUCUUCUCGUCAUUGUGUGGUGUGAAGCUUGAAGCUAAUAACAAGAUUCAGUACCUUCUAUCGGGGAGAAUAGGAAGUGAUGGAAAUCUUAUUAUUGGGCUGUGUGAUUUCAUUGAGCAAUGGGACAACCUUUCACUGUCGCAGAAGAAGAGCCUUAAUCACCGAUAUCAUAUGGGCUGUGAGUGCAGAAUUUUCAGAUGCUACACUUUUCCUUGUUCUACUGUAUCUGAAAACGAAUGCCUUUGGACAGACUGGCUUACAGAUAACAGCUUGAAUGGACAUCAGGCCAAGCAUUAUGCCUGCAUCAUGCGCAGUGAUGGGUCCUGUAGCUGGUACAGAGGAGGUCCGCCCCCUGAAAAAGAAUUUCUGGACAUUUCAGACCCAUAAAAACAUGUGGAGAAGAACUGGCCAAGAUAAAUUAUAGCUGGAUGUCGGUGAAGCUGCUAGAUCUUUUGUGGUUCAGCAGAUGAUUUUUGUUCUUAAUUCAUUCAAACAAAUAUCUGUAGACUGGUCACAGAGCUAUAGGUCUGUGUAGGGUGGCCUGAGAAGCAGCAAUGCCUUAUACAUGGACAGGAAGAACUGAAGAUAAAGAACUUGAGAACAGAUGUGCACAGACUGUUCAGCUUGCAUUCCCCCCAGGAGGAAUGCCGCAGGUAUUAUGGGUGAAGAGUUGCUGAACUGUGAGCUGAUUCACAAUAAAAAUGCAUUGAUCUUGUCCAGCCUCCAGGACAGGAAUGGUUUAUACAGAUAAAAGAAAGAGUGUCCCCUGCUGUUUAGUGUCAGUUGUUUAUCUACCUAGCCAGAAAUCAUUUAUGUUCCCCUCCUGUACGUUGAUAUGGUUGCUGCUUCUGUGUCCAGUGAAGUUCAGCACUGUCAUCCUCUCUAAAUGGAUGUGUGCCCCAGCAUACAUGGUUUUGUUGUCCUGACCUCCCUAGAAAUUACCACAUUUUGCUAGUGUGUUUAACAAGAGUUUUUAUGUUUAGUACAGUAGGAGAAUGUGUGUAUUUUAAUUGUGAUUAAUAGCAAUUUAAAGAGACCUGCUUACAUUCUUAUUCGGCCGUGGGUCACUGUACUCACCAUUUCCUUGUGAUUAGGGUAGAAGGUUUGCUCAAUUAAGGGGAACUUCUCUGGUCCCAAGUGCUUGUAGAUGUUAAUCAGCUGAGAGAACUGUCGGAGAAGUAAUGUGUGAGAGAAAAAAAAAAACGGGUGGAAAAAUUAUCAGCAUUUUGAUGGUCUGGUUCAGAUUGCAAAUAUCAUCACAGUGGGAUAGUGUAGGAGAAACAUGGAAAGCCACAAGUGAUAAAUUUUUUUUAAAGUUCAGAGGAAAACAAAGCCUCCUGGACUUUCCAAUAAAGGAACUGCAUUAAAAUAGAAA